UAACACAUUGCGCUUAACAAAAAUGUUUGACACAAAUUUUGCUGUCAAACUUGCGUGGCAGCAACCGUUGGUCAAAUUUUAUUUGCAAACGAAUUGAAUAUACCGGCAACGUGUUAUUGCUGUCAACCUGUCAUAUACAAAAUGUUUUAUGCAGUUGAAUAUUAAAAUUUGUUUGGUUAAGAUAACGUUGAAAGUUUGUUACUUAAAGUUCAGGGAAUUGCAUAUAAAUAUAUAGUGUGUAGAAUAAUGGAGUUGUCAAGGAAAGAUCUGGAUAGAAUUCCAGAGUCGAUCAAUUUUCCAAAUGAAGAAGAAGGUAUUCUGAACUUUUGGAAAACUGAAAAAAUAUUCGAAAAAUGUAUGGAGCUUUCAAAUGGAAGGCCAAGAUACAAUUUUUAUGACGGUCCUCCAUUCGCUACUGGCUUACCGCAUUAUGGUCAUAUUCUAGCGGGUACUAUAAAAGACAUUGUUACACGUUUCGCCUAUCAGCAAGGUUUUCAUGUUGACCGUCGUUUUGGUUGGGAUUGUCAUGGACUGCCUGUUGAAUUUGAAAUUGAUAAAAUGCUGGGAAUUCAGGGUCCAAAAGAUGUUGAAAAAUUAGGCAUUGAUGUAUACAAUGCUGAAUGCCGCAAAAUUGUGAUGCGCUAUGCGAAUGAAUGGGAAGAGAUUAUUACGAGAAUGGGUCGUUGGAUUGAUUUCAAAAAUGAUUACAAGACCCUUUAUCCAUGGUACAUGGAAAGUAUUUGGUGGAUUUUUAAGCAACUUUUUGACAAAGGUUUAGUGUACCAAGGUGUAAAGGUAAUGCCAUACUCUACUGCAUGUACAACACCGCUGUCAAAUUUUGAAUCCGGCCAAAACUACAAAGAUGUUGUAGAUGUGUGCGUAAUUGUUGCACUGAAAGCGAUUGAUAUUGAAAACACUUAUUUCUUAAUUUGGACAACAACUCCUUGGACUCUACCUUCCAAUUUAGCUUGUUGUGUGAAUGCCAAAAUGACGUAUGUGAAGGUGCACGAUGUUAAAACGGAAAGGUUUUAUAUAUUAGCUGAAAGUCGUUUAAGUUACGUCUACAAAAAUGAAACUGAAUAUAAAGUAUUGGAAAAGUUUUUGGGUGAUCACUUAGCUGAUCAACAUUAUGAACCUUUGUUCCCUUACUUUACACAAUGUGAAAAUAGUGACAAAGCUUUUCGCAUUCUAAUUGAUGAUUAUGUUACUGAAGAAUCCGGUACUGGUAUCGUACAUAACGCACCUUAUUUUGGAGAGGAUGAUUACCGCGUUUGUUUGGCAAACGGUAUUAUAACUAAAUCCAGUAAAGUAUUGUGUCCUGUAGAUGAUUCUGGUCGCUUUACUGAAGAUGCAACAGAUUUCGUUGGCCAGUAUGUCAAAGAUGCAGAUAAAAAUAUAAUAACACUUCUAAAAACAAAGGGCGCUAUUGUAUCAGUAGGACAAGUCAAGCAUAGUUAUCCGUUUUGUUGGCGCUCGGAUACACCAUUAAUAUAUAAGGCUGUGCCUUCAUGGUUUAUCAGAGUUGAACAUAUGUCAAAGGAUCUGCUUAACUGUAGUUCACAAACCUAUUGGGUACCAGAAUUUGUUAAAGAAAAACGUUUUGGAAAUUGGUUAAAAGAAGCACGUGAUUGGGCUGUAAGCCGUAAUCGAUAUUGGGGAACACCUAUUCCUAUUUGGAAAUCUCCAACUGGAGACGAAAUUGUUUGUAUAGGUAGUGUGAAACAGUUGGAGGAACUAUCGGGAGUGAAAGUUGAUGACUUACAUAGAGAAUAUGUUGAUAAGAUCGAAAUUCCGUCAUCGAUUCCCGGAAGACCUCCUUUACGCCGUAUUAAUGAUGUAUUUGAUUGCUGGUUUGAAUCGGGUUCUAUGCCAUAUGCUCAACAACAUUUUCCAUUUAAAAAUGAGAAAGAAUUCAUGAAUAAUUUUCCUGCAGACUUUAUUGCGGAAGGCAUUGAUCAGACACGCGGUUGGUUCUAUACUUUAUUGGUAAUAUCAACAGCGCUUUUUAAUAAGCCACCAUUUGCAAAUCUCAUUGCAAAUGGUUUGGUUUUGGCUGCAGAUGGCCAAAAAAUGUCGAAACGAAAAAAGAAUUAUCCUGAUCCUAUGAACAUCGUGCAUUUGUACGGAGCGGACGCUUUGCGUUUAUAUUUAAUUAAUUCGCCUGUUGUGCGUGCUGAGAAUUUACGAUUUAAGGAAGAAGGGGUUCGUGAUAUUAUAAAAGAUGUGUUUUUACCUUGGUACAAUGCGUUUCGAUUCUUGUUACAAAAUAUUGCACGUUAUGAAAAAGAAUAUAAUGAAAUUUAUGUGUAUGACGAAAAACGACAUGAAACGAGUUUGAAAGAUGCAUCUAUAAUUGAUAAGUGGAUUAUAUCUUUCAAGGAAUCACUUGUGCAGUUCUUUACCACAGAAAUGAAGCAAUACCGUCUAUACACGGUAGUUCCACGUCUGACUAAAUUUAUUGAUCAAUUAACCAACUGGUAUGUACGUUUGAAUCGUAGACGUAUUAAGGGUGAAUUUGGAAAAGAAGACUGCAUCCUAUCGCUCGAUACACUUUUUAAUGUCUUGUUUUCUAUGGUUAAGAUGAUGGCACCGUUCUCACCAUUUCUGUCGGAAUACAUUUAUCAACGAUUAGUUCUGUUACUGUCUAAUGCUUCCGCAAAGAAAACAGAUUCGGUGCAUUUCCAAAUGAUGCCAGUAUGUAAUUCAGUAUUUAUUUGCACGGACAUAGAAAGAUCAGUUUCACUAAUGCAAUCCGUUAUUGAUAUGGGUAGAAUAAUGAGAGAUAGACGAACAAUUCCUGUUAAGUAUCCCGUUUCGGAGAUUAUUGUUAUUCAUAAAGAUGAGAGUUGUUUGAAGGAUAUUAAAUGUUUACAAAAUUUUAUUUUAUCUGAACUGAAUGUACGUAACUUAACAUUGAGUUCAGAUAAAGAGCUGUAUGGUGUCACAUUACGUGCUGAACCAGAAUUUAAAUUAUUAGGUAAACGUCUUAAAAAUAAUUUUAAAGCAGUAAUGGCUGCUAUAAAAGCACUAUCAGACGCUGAAAUAAAUAAACAUUUACAAAAUGGAUAUUACGAUAUCCUUGGUCAACGCGUAAAUCUUGAAGAAGUUAAAGUUAUUUAUAGUUUCUCUGAUAAGGUGAGCAAGAACUUUGAAGCCUGCAGUGAUAAUGAUGUUCUUGUAUUAAUGGAUAUGACGCCAAAUACUGAAUUGUUUGAAGAAGGAUUGGCGCGCGAAGUAAUUAAUCGUAUUCAAAAAUUGAAGAAGAAAGCAAAACUCGUGCCAACGGAUAAUGUUGAGAUUUUUUAUAACAUCAAUGGUGCUGAAACACAGGAGAGCAAGCAAAUUCUUAAUAUAAUAACUUUGUACCACGAUAUGAUCACCUCGACUGUCAAAUCCAAUGUCCAAUCGUUCGAUACGGUUAAAGUUGCACAAAAGCGAGUUAUCAUUACGGAAGCUUGCGAUUUGAAAGGCGUGCAAAUGACGCUAACAAUUUGUUCAAAUGAAAAGCCAAAUAUACCGAAUUUAUGCUGGUUGAAUAUAGUACUUGCAGAUGACAUUAAACCCCGAUAUGGAGUAGUUCAUAAUAAGGCAAGCGUAUUAUUGGAAAACACUCAAAAUAAACAAUUCAUAACUUUGCCUGAACUGAGGAAAGAAAUUGAAAUAAUAUUUGGAUUAUAUGGAACUAAUUUCGAUAUGUUCAUCAACAAUUCGGGCAAAUUUCUGCAGUUAAAUAAUAUUGACAAAACUAUUAAUGGCAAAUUAGUUGUUGUAACAAAUGCAAAUAGCGUUUCUGAUAAUUCUAAAUAUGAAGCUAUAUGCGUACCGUUUUGUCAAUUCGAAAACAAAGAAAAUUCUGUAAAAUUUAUUGAAAAUCCUUGUGGCAGAAAUGUUUAGUAAUUUAGAAAAAUCCCGUAUUUAAAUUUUUUGUAACGUAAAUUUAGUUUUUUAUUUAUUGUUAUUUAUAAAUUUUUUAUGUACAAAAUCGUAAUGGAAAAUUUUACAUUAUAAAUUAUAAGUCGAAGAAAAAUGUUAUAAACAAAGUUAUACUGAAACUCAAUAUUAAAGACAACCUUGAUUUCUUUUAUUUAAUAAUAAAAUCUGAUCAUUUU